UGCCAUUGUUUUGGUCUCGUCCCUCGUCAGGUUGCUUUGCUUUCAAUAAGUUAGCUGAUCUCGUUUUGCUGGCCAUCGGUCUACUUGGGGAUUCAGGUUUUCGAUUCGGAAGUCAUGGUGAAGGAAACUGAAUAUUAUGACAUCUUGGGUGUUAGCUAUGACGCAUCUCCAGCUGAGAUCAAGAAAGCUUACUACUUGAAGGCAAGGCUGGUGCAUCCAGACAAAAAUCCUGGAGAUCCUAAAGCUGCACUCAAUUUUCAGGUCCUUGGGGAGGCUUAUCAAGUUCUAAGUGAUCCAGCUAAGCGUGAAGCAUAUGACAAGAAUGGAAAGUCAGGAGUACCUCAGGAUUUUAUGGUGGAUCCUGCUGCAGUAUUUGGGAUGAUUUUUGGUAGUGAGUUCUUUGAAGACUAUGUGGGGCAACUUGCUUUGGGUUCAGUGGCAUCCGUUGAGACGGGAGAAGACUCACAGGUCCCAGAAGUGAGGAGGCAAAAUAUUCAGGAGAAGUUGAAGGAGUUGCAGAAGAAAAGGGAGGAAGUGCUGAUAAAAAGCCUGAAAGAUCGCUUGCAACCUUUUGUUGAAGGCCAAACUGAUGAAUUUAUAAAACGGGCAAACUCAGAAGCUCGUCGUCUUUCACAAGCUGCCUUUGGUGAGGCUAUGUUACACACUAUUGGUUAUAUUUACACGAGGCAAUCUGCAAGAGCGCUUGGGAGGACCAAAAGAUAUAUGGGAGUUCCAUUUUUAGCAGAGUGGGUACGAGACAAAGGUCAUACUAUAAAAUCUCAAGUUACGGCUGCUUCAGGUGCUGUGUCUUUAAUUCAAAUACAAGAAGGGAUGAAGAAAUUGGAGCAGGGUGAAAACAAAGAAGAGAGCUUAGUGAAGCUAAUUGAAGAAAAGAAAGAUGCCAUGGUUAAUUCUCUUUGGAAGCUAAAUGUUGUUGACAUUGAAUCAACUCUCUCACAUGUUUGCUAUGCGGUUCUCAACGACCCUAGUGUUUCAAAGGAUGUUCUUAAGCUACGAGCCAAAGCAUUAAAAAAGCUUGGUACGAUCUUCCAAGGUGCCAAGGCUAGCUACAGAAGAGAAAACAGUUUGCGCUAUGAGAGUGAUACCAAGAUCGAUGGUGCAUCAUCAGCAACAGCAGCAAAGGAAUCAUGAUAUGAUUAGGUAAUUGAAAUCUGUGCCAACGGUUAAUUUGCUGUUUAAAGUGGGUGCAGUUUAUAUGUUUCCAUGUUCUAGUCAUCCAUAUGCUAAAAUCCUUCUGUGGUCACUUUGUUAUUGAUGUUCUUGUUAUUGUCUAUGUUGGUUUAAAUGUUACAUUCAGCAUUCCAGCUGGCAAUAUUGUUGUGGUGUUUUCCUUUCUUUUCAACAGAUUUGUUUAUUAUUCUGAGUUGUGAUUAAAACUGCUUGGCUCUCUCUCUCUCUCUCCUGUUGGGGGAAAUGGAAGAAACUUGUAAGAAGAGUACCAAAUAGAGUAGUGAUUUAGAAUGAACAGUUGGAU